AUGCCAUCAAUAUCGACUGAACAUAAUAAUAAUUAUAUUUUUUUCUUUUAUUUUUUCAUCGGAUGUUAUAUUAUUUUUGUUAGUUUUCUUAUCUAUACACUUAUUCGAAUUUUAAAAUAUUAUCUAAGACAAAGACAAAUUAAUUCAAUAUAUAAUGAAAUAAUUAAUCAUCCAUUACAACCAACAACAACAACAGCUGUUCUUGUUAAAAUUCAUAAUAUUGAUGAACAAGAUAUUAUGAAUAUUAAAAAUGAUUUAGAUUUUUUUCAACCAUUAAUUAUACAAACACGAGAUUUACCACCAAUUUAUAUGGAAAUUAAUCAGAAUCAAUCAACAUCACCACCACCACCAGAUUAUAGAGAACAUUUAUAA